AUGACUGAACCAUCCGACACGCCCAGCUCAGGCAGCCUCAACGGCAAACUGGAGAAGUUUACGCUCCCCGAAGGUACCGACCUUGAAACCAAUGCUCCUCCAUCAUCCGGCUCGAUCCAAAACGAAGACGGACCCUCCGGCACAGACAACGCGGACAACAAGCGCACGGUCACGGGCCUGCGGUGGGUUCUCGUUUGCGUGGCCAUCUUCUCAGCCAAUGUCCUCUACGGACUAGACACGACCAUCGCUGCCGACAUCCAGGCGGUGGUUUCGGAGACGUUCGACAACGUGACACAGUUGGGAUGGCUGGGUGUGGGAUUUACGCUGGGGUCGACCGCGGCGAUCUUGCCUCUCGGCAAAGCGUUUGGAACGUUCGACGCCAAAUGGGUGUUUCUGAGCUGCUUAACGAUGUUUGCGGCGGCGAGUGCGCUGUGCGGUGCGGCAUCCUCGAUGAAUGCGAUCAUCGUGGGCCGGGUCUGGGCAGGUGCUGGGGGCGCUGGGAUGUACCUGGGGACGCUCAAUCUGGUGACCAUCAUGAGUACUCCUCAGGAACAACCGUUUUACAUUGGAAUGACCGGGUUCGUCUAUGGCAGUGGCUGUAUUCUGGGCCCCGUCGUGGGAGGCUUGUUGGCGGAUAGUUCGGCGACAUGGAGAUGGGCCUUCUAUCUCAAUCUCGUCAUCUUCGGUGCCAUGGCUCCCAUCUAUGUCUUCGUCCUCCCACCGCUUCCGCGCCGGCCGGAACUCUCCUUCAUGGACAAGGUGCGCUCCCUCGACUGGCUGGGGAUCGUUCUGAACGCCGGACUCUACGUCGCGUUCGCGCUGGCCUUCACCUUCGGCGGCUCCAUCUGGGCCUGGAGCGACGGGCGCGUCAUCGGCCUGCUCGUUGUCUUCGGCGUUCUCACCAUCAUCUUCUGCGUGGCGCAGCGCUACUCGGUCCUCACCAGCCCCGUCAACCGCAUCUUCCCCUGCGAAUUCCUCCUCAACCCCCAGCUUGUGCUACUGUACGUCUGCAUGGCUUGCGGUGGUGCCGCGCUCUUCGUCUCGGUGUACUACAUCCCGCUGUACUUCCUCUUCGUGCAUGGAGACACUGGCACGCAGGCCGCCGUCCGCCUCCUCCCCUUCAUUUGCUUCUACGUCGCCACUAUCCUCACCUGCGGCGCCGUCAUGGGUCGCACCGGAUAUCACAACGUAUGGUAUAUCUUUAGUGGGCUCUGCAUGACGUGCGGCGCGGCGACCAUGUACACCGUGAGCUACGCAACCCCCGCGGCCAACAUCUACGGCUACACCGUGCUGCUGGGGCUCGGCAUGACCACCACGCAAGCCGGAUAUGCCGUUGGCCCGCUUCUCGUGAAGCCGGACCGCGUCGCGGAGUUGAUUCAGUACAUGAACAUCUCGCAGGGCUCGAGCCAGUUCAUCGGGCUGGCUAUCGCCAGCUGUCUCUUCCAGACCCUGGGGUUGCAGAGACUCAAAGAGGUGCUCGGGGAUACGACGUACUCGGACGCGCAGAUCCGGGCGGCAAUCGCGGGGGCACGCAGCGAGGUGCUGCAGACUGUGACGCCAGAGGUGAGGACUCAAUGUGUGGAUGCGAUCGUCAAGACAAUUGGCGAUGUCUGGGUGAUGGUGAUUGCGGCGGGGGCGUUGUGGACGUUGUGUUCGCUAUUCCUGACCCGCCGGAGAUUUUUGUAG